UAAAAAGAAGAGGUUUUGCACACAGGUGAGGCAUCAAAAGAGAGGAGGUGAGGAUGGGUGAACGUGUUUUUAUCUACUUCACUGAGAAUUCAUUUGAUAAAAGAUUUCAGAGUGUGCUGUAGCACCAGUUGCAAUGGAGGACAGCGAUCAUGAUCACCCCUCUUCAUCAGAUGAGCAGGAUUCCUGCCCAGCUUCCCCUAAUCAGAGCAGGCAUCAUGAUGCUGAACAGCCUUCAAGCCAAUCAGAUGACUCAGAAGUGGAGAACAUUAUGCAGGACCCGCAACAUCACAGUGGGCACGGCCACCACCAUCACAAGCACCACCACCAUCAUGACCACGAGGCUCAUGAUGCAGACAGGCAGGCCGAGGGCAAAGACCGCCCCCACACCCCGUCUUAUUUGCGGCCCCCUGUGGCGGGCAGGGCCCAGUCAGAUUCAGGUUCAGACUCCGGUUUGCCGCAGAGCAGAAGUGUGGAGUUUGACUUACCGUCCCCUGUCAGUCCCUCCAGGCCAAAGAGCCCCUGGGCUCGAUUUGACCCGUACGACAGUAACGAGGACCAGGACAAGGAAUACGUGGGUUUUGCAACACUGCCGAACCAGGUGCACCGUAAGUCGGUCAAGAAAGGAUUUGACUUCACGCUCAUGGUAGCAGGUGAAUCUGGCCUGGGAAAGUCCACCCUGGUCAACAGUCUGUUUCUCACAGAUCUGUACAAAGAUAGGAAGCUGCUCAAUGCAGAAGAGAGAAUCACACAAACAGUAGAAAUCACCAAACACACGGUGGAUAUAGAGGAGAAAGGUGUCAAACUGAAACUCACCAUUGUGGACACUCCUGGGUUUGGGGAUGCUGUGAACAACACUGAAUGCUGGAAGUCGGUGGCUGACUACAUCGACCAGCAGUUUGAGCAGUACUUCAGGGAUGAGAGUGGCCUCAAUCGUAAGAACAUCCAGGACAACCGCGUACACUGCUGCCUCUAUUUCAUCUCACCCUUUGGCCAUGGCCUUCGACCUCUGGAUGUGGAAUUUAUGAAGGCACUUCAUGAGAAGGUCAACAUUGUCCCGGUCUUGGCUAAAGCAGACACACUCACCCCUAGCGAAGUCAAGAAAAAGAAAAUUAAGAUCAGAGAGGAGAUUGAGCAGUACGGCAUCAAGAUAUAUCAGUUCCCCGACUGCGACUCUGAUGAAGAUGAAGAAUUCAAGCAGCAAGACCUUGAGCUGAAGGAAAGCAUUCCCUUUGCAGUAAUCGGCAGCAACACUGUGGUGGAGGCCAAGGGGAAGAGGGUGCGAGGCCGUCUGUACCCAUGGGGCAUCGUAGAAGUUGAAAAUCCAGCACACUGCGAUUUCGUGAAGCUGAGGAACAUGCUCGUUCGCACACACAUGCAAGACCUCAAAGAUGUGACCCGAGAGACUCACUACGAGAACUACAGAGCCCAGUGCAUCCAGAGCAUGACGCGCAUGGUCGUGAAGGAGCGCAACCGCAACAAACUAACCCGGGAGAGCGGCACAGACUUCCCCAUCCCUGUAGUGCCCGGAGUGGCCGAGACCGAGACGGAAAAGCUCAUCAGAGAGAAAGACGAGGAGGUACGGCACGCCGACUACGAACUGGAGUCGCAUCGCGACCACGACCAUGAGUCUGCCCACAAUUUUGACCACCAUGAGCAUUCAGACCCUCACCCCAGCCCAGAGAGGCACUUAGAUCAGAAAGGCGAUGAAGCUCUCUGAGUACCUUGCAGAUAAUGUGUUUAACUGAAGAAAAAAAAAAAUUUUCAGAUCACAUUUUGUGAGGCUGACAAGAAGCAGCCUCAAAAACAGCAAUUGGCUUAAUUAUAGAGUAAACCUGUAGCCUUUUGGAGCUUUAAUCUGUGACUAGGAAAAGACAUUGCCACUUGCACACUCGCUGGAAGCACCAGGAUGUUUAUAACAUAACAUCAUCCAGAGGGAGAGCUUCAGCCAAGCAGCAGUUUGACAGCUUCCUCCUCAGGAUUGAAAAAGAAAAGCUGAGUGUAACGUGUUUCUGCACCUAAGUUCAUACCAUCUGUGCAUGGCAGGUUCAGAGAAGGCGGUGAGGAUAAUGAUGUGAAGCACUGGUGUUAAGACUGACUAAAAACCCGGUGUCAGUGGUUAUUUAAAGGGAUACAUAAAAAUACUGUGCAAUUAUCAGAGGGGAUAUAUGUGUAUGUGGAACAGGGAGGCCAAUCCCUUUAUUUUUGCUGUAGACUGAAAACAUUUAGGUUUGACGUCAGAAAAUCAAUGAGACAAAAGAUCAACAUGUCAGCUUUAAUUUCCAGGUAUUUACAUCUGGAUCUGAUAUACAAUUCAGAAGAUAGCACCUUUUGUCUGAACCCACCCAUUUUGUGAGCAAAAUUAGUGGAACUUAAAAUAGAUUAAAGUGAAUAAGACUUAAUAUUUAAUUUCAAAUCCAAACUUUUGCAUUCUUCUUUUGUGAUGCUUUUCCAGACUUUCACUGCAACCUCUUUCAGUUGUUUGUUUUUGGGGUGUUGCUCCCUUCAGUCUCCUCUUCAGUGGGUAAAAUGCUCUAUAGGGUUUAAGUCUGGAGAUUGACUAGGCUAGUCUGAAACCUUCCACUUCCUGCUCCUGAUGAACUCCUGUAUAGUUUUGGCAGUGUGUUUUGGGCCAUUAUCUUGCUGCAUGAUGAAGGAUCUCCCAGUCAGUUUGGUUGCAUCUUUCUGUAAAUUGACAGACAAAAUAUUUCCUUAGUUUUCUGACUUCAUUGUACUGCUGCUAUCAUACGUGACAUCAUCAAUGGAGAUUAAUGAACCCAUGUCCUGACAUUACCUCCACUGUGUUUCACAGAUGAGCCCAUAUGUUUGGGGUCAUGAGCUGAUCCUUUCUUUCUACAAACUUUGUCCUAUCACCUUAGUAAAAGUUCAUCUUUGUCUCAUCAGUCCAUAAAACUUUGUCCCAGAAUUUCUGAGGCUUGUCUCUUUACUUCUUGGCAAAUUCCAGCCUGGCCUUCCUCUUUUUCUUGCUAAUAAGUGAUUUGCACCUUCUGCUGAAGCUUCUGUACUUUUUGUUCAUGAAGUCUUGUGUGAACAGUAGAUUGAUACCUUCACUCCUGAAUAAUCAAUGUCACGAGACACACCUGGGGAACAAAACACACCUGUCAGUCACAUGUUCCAAUACUUUAGCUCACAAGAAAAAUGGGUGGGUUCAGACAAAAGGUGCAAUAUUCUGAACUGUGUACCAGAUCCAGAUGGAAAUGCCUGGAAAUAAAAGCUGAGAUGUUAAACCUUUGUCUCAUAUUCAUCUUUUAAUGUCAAACCUAAAUGGUUUCAGUCUACAUCAGAAAUAAAGAGAUUAGCCUCACUGGUCCAACACUUUUACUAUAUUUAUAAAUAAAAGUUAUUAUUGUUUUUACAAAAGGAAACCUUUCUUAUGGAUUCCUUUUAUUUUGAGUCUGUGGAUAUGAGACUAAUGCCCUGUUAAUGAUUGAAGUCUCAGGAAUAGACAGUUCUGUGUGGUUUUAGUGUUGUCCUGCAGUCAGAAUAAGCUAACCAUCAUAAAGCUGUGUUAAUACCAUUCCCUUCCCUCUCCCACACCAGACCCUGCAAAUUCUAUUUAUUUCAUUUAAUAAAGAGUCUUAUUUUUUCCUCA